AUGUUCUAUUGUCCUUACUGUUGCACACCUCUCGGGGUUCCAGAAGGCGUAACGGUUCCUCGGGCAAGGCUACCCUUUGCCCAUUGUGACAUCAUCUUCGAUGAUGCGCCGAAGAAGGCUACCAGCAUUCACGCCAAAGUCCUGGCGCCAGAACAGGUUCGCCUCAUCGAUCUCUUCACAACAGAGGCCAACACCAACCGUACUUUGAGUCGACCUGCCGGGGGCACCGCCACGAAGGCGGAGUCCGAGGACAUACGAGGAGAAAUCAGCUCCGAUGCCAAUGCUGUCAUCCGUGAGAUCCCAGAGUACGAUCCACACAUCACGCUCGUGCUCUUCCCAGACGAUAGCAGCGCAACCUUCGAAGAGGUGGCCACCGAGUCGGAUGUCGGACCACUUGAUCAGCUCACGCUCGUUGUGAUCGACUCGCCGUGGAAGAGGGCACAGGUCUUGCGCAAGCACCCCCGACUGGCCAAGCUCCGAUCUAUUCGCCUGGGACAUCCUCCGCCUUCUCGAUUCUGGCGCUACCACUCGGAGGGCACAGGCUGCGUUUCCACCGUGGAGGCCCUGGCCGCUCUGGCCAAAGAAGUGCUCCCCCGAACUGGGGAAGCCGCAGAAGGCCCGGAGUCUCCCGGAUUUGAUUCCUUUAUGGAUGAUCCAUUCCUGUUCUUCUUCGUGCGGCAGUUUGCCUACAUCUCGGAGAACAAGCGCACAGCAGGAGCUGGUGAAUGGCCCAUGGACGCGGCAGCGAAGCAGCGCCGCAUGGAUCAGGUCCGCCAAAAAGAAGCGAAGCGGCUGAAGCUGCGCCCCUUCGGAUCGGGCACGGGCAGUUUCUGCUCUGUGGAGGCCCGGGGAGCUCUCUGUGAUGUGCAGGCAGCCUACAAGACGACCCCAGACACCCCACGGAACCUCUUUCCCGUCGCUCGUCCCCUGCUUGAUGCGGUGCGAGCUCUGGCUGUUUACCAGCUUCUUUUGUGUUCUGGCAAGGCAGCAGCUCCACUGGGCUUCGAGAAUGAGGACGUCAGUGACCUCAUCGGCAUUGGCGGCCAGGCAUCUCGAGCCUGCUACGGAGCCUGCUACGGUAUGCCUUGGUUUUGA